UGGGCCCCUGAGCCCAGUUUGUUUACUGUACUGCGAACAGUACCCCGGCGCGAGCUUGCGUCGCAACCGCCAGGAAAGGAACCAGUAGCGGGACGGAGGGCGGGGGUGGCAAGAAAGUGAAGGCUCAGAAGUAAACUGAAGACACCUGACCCUGAUGGGCAGCUCUCCAAAAAAGCACAAACAAUGGAAGGAUGGACACCACUGCGUGUAUUGAAAGCAUGUUGAAAGGAAAAUAAGAAAGCCAGGAAUCUCAGUAUGAAUCCGUCUAGAUCGAGAUCGGACGAUGGUAGUGAAGAAGCCUCAUCUCAAGACCAUAAUCAUCGUGAAAGUGAGAGAAGAUGGCAGCAAGAGCGUCUCCACAGAGAAGAAGCCUAUUAUCAGUUUAUUAAUGAACUCAAUGAUGAAGAUUACAGGCUAAUGAGAGACCACAAUCUUUUAGGCACCCCUGGAGAAAUAACAUCAGAAGAACUACAGCAGCGAUUAGAUGGAGUCAAGGAACAAAGAGCAUCUCAGCCUGACCUGAGAAGUGGGACAGAUACCAGAGACUCAGAAGUCCCUAGAGAAAGUUCAAACGAAGAUUCUCUGCUAGAAUGGUUGAACACGUUUCGACGCACGGGAAACGCGACCCGAAGUGGACAAAAUGGGAACCAAACUUGGAGAGCUAAAAAUUUCACACCUACAAGGUGUCAGACAGUGUUACAGGUGCUGAGGAUUCAGCUGAGGACAGAGUACCUAUCUUCACAGGAAGAGAACAUUUAAUGAGUUACUGAAUUAAAUGAAUAUAUGACACAGUUUUCCUGUGGUGAUACUGCUUGGGGAAAACCACAAGAACAAAUUCCUCAGGACCAGAUUCGGGAAGAUUUACGUGUAUCUCAAGAUUGUUUUUCCUUCUGAUUAAGUAACUAUAUUCAUCAGGUAAGAUGCAUACACAGGAGUUUUCAGGGAGUGCAUUUAACACCUGGAGGGAAAGCUUUUAGUAAGAGUCAUGACUUUGUUUGGAGUAAAUGGUUUAUGUAGGUCAAUCAUGGGGCUGGGAGGUUUGAAUGCUUUAAAUGCCAGACUAAGGAAUUUUACUUCACCUUACAAACUUUUGGUGUCUCUUGGUGAAUUUAGUGGCGAAUGGUAAGAUCAUUUUUCAUGUUGCAGGAAAAUUGGUGUGGUGUAGUGUUCAUAACACAAUGGAGUAGAGAGAAGGGGGAAGCAAAAAAACCUUAAUAAAGGAACCACUGUGGUCAUUUUUGUCAUCCGUUAUCCUCAUCCUCAGUUACUAGCUAACCUAGCGCGAUGGCAGUGAAACUGGAAAGAGAGAGAAGAGAAUAAAAAUGUUGGGAAAAAAGGACAUUAUUUGGUUUCUUGUUCAGUAUGAAGUGGGAGAGUGAUAUAUUCACAGAUGGACAAUCACCCGAAUAGAAGAGAGAGAGGUGUUACAAGCUAUGCCAAUGUAGACAUUUAUCUUAAAUAUGCACCUCUCCCUCGUUUCAGUGAUACCGUUUGUUCCCAGUAUGACCAGAGACUAAAUCCAGCAUUUUUUGCUCAUGUGGAAUAUUCUUCAGGAAGUUCUACCUUCCCUGGCUUGAUCAGUUAGGAGAAUCAAGAGGAGAACAAAGAAAGGGGGAAAUGAAAAAAAGUAGGGAUAAAGGAAAAAAUACAAGCACGUUGAUUCUUUGACUUAGUCCUUUGCAAGACGUGGUAGGACCAGCAUUGAAGGGACCCCAAAUCGGCAUUUGAAACAGAACUACAUUGUACAGUUUAUGGAAAAUUCCCGCUAAGCAGCAGGCUUCAUAUAUUUUGUAAAUUGGUAUCCUAGUCGGGAACAAAGGAGUGUUUUCUGUAAUAUUUUCAUUCAUUUCCCAGUAAACAAAGCUGAUGACAAAUACAAAGGCUCUUUAUCUAUUUAUAGCCUCUAUUUAGCAAUGAUUGCAUGCCUUAUGGUUCCAAUAUAGAAGGGAACAAAUAGUUUGAAACGCUUCAUUUGAAUAUUGUGCUCCAUGUUGUGUCCUCAGAGCUUAUUCUUUAUAGUGUGGCUGCCUUGCAAACUUGUAUUUCAAAACUGUCAGCCUCCCACCUGCUUUCCCUCUUGUAUCCCAGAUGUGUAUAGUUUCAAGUAGCAUUGACCUGUACUUGACUACCUUUUAUUUGCCCUGUGGUUAUUUUCCUUUCAGUUUUUAACGUGAAUUUAUAAUUUAAGCCUCCCAAGGUCUUGAAGUAUUAUUGCCACUUCACAUAGUGAGUAGCAGAGUUCAGAGUCACACACAGGACCGUUUGCCUCCAAAGCUUGUGCUUUUCCCCCUCAACUGCAUUCUGGAAAAGCAGAAAUGCUUGGUCCGCACACAACGGGAGGACUGCUCCUGAAAGUUAUAAAGCGGGAUCUGUAUUGUGAGGAUGGGUCCAGAAAAGAGAUGGGACCUGAAGACCCUGUGUGAAGGAUCGUAGUUAGUAAGUUGAGUCUGAGGCAUUUUCACAAAUACUACUCCUGGACAAGAACUUCCAGUGAAUUUCCAGUCUUCCUGCACCUCUCCAUCUGAAUAACGUCUGGCCAGAGGAGGAAGACGUUGUGUGGAAAUAGUACUCCACAUACGUGGGCAGUUCUUCCCUUUGCAGUGGCAGCAAGCUCCUCUGGGGUCUCUUCCUCAAUCCUGUGCGACGUUGGAGGUCAGAGAGCUGGGGUACCUGUUAAUACAGAAGAUGAUUGCCCAGCAAGCCAUCUGUCACCGAGAACGCCAAUGUUCCAUGUUCCACAGGACAUGACUGUAAGUGUCAGUGGUGACUGUUUUCCUCAACGUCUACAGGCAGGUUGUGAGUUGUUUUCAGUGACUGUGGAGGUAUUAGGUCCUGAACAUAUCUGCCCUUAGAAUAAUUAGGGAUCUUCAGUUACUUUCAGCAAGUUUUUUAAAAUUUAUUUUGAGCAUUAAAUCUCUGAAGAGUCCGAGUUGGCCUCUAUACUUUUCUUUUUCUUAACCGCCCCCCUUUUUUUAGUAGCGUAGUCACAUAUCUUCUCCAAAAUAAAGCUUUCACGUGUAUUUUUCCUCUAUUGUAUUAAUGUCUUGUUAGAAAAGUGGAACCUCUUGAUUGCCUAGUAUAUAUGUACACUUCCUUCUCACACAUUUAACCUCAAAAAUGCCCCUAUUUAUAACCAGAAUCCAACUGUCUUCUGUGCAAUUGCAAAACAUUUUCACAUUCUCCCCGAUGGGAAACGAUACAAAUUCAUUUACAGCUUCUGUACUGUGAGGUGACACAAUUUAGCCACUCUUAGGAGUUCAGAUUCAUAAUAGUGAACUGGAUGGUGUCCACUCUUCCAUUAGAUUGGAUUUUUUUUUUAAUUUUUUUUUUUUUUUAACAUUUAUUUAUUUUUGAGACAGAGACAGAGCAUGAAUGGGGGAGGGUCAGAGAGAGAGGGAGACACAGAAUCUGAAACAGGCUCCAGGCUCUGAGCAGUCAGCACAGAGCCCGACGCGGGGCUCGAACUCAUGGACCACGAGAUCAUGACCUGAGCUGAAGUCGGAGGCUUAACCGACUGAGCCACCCAGGCGCCCAUCCAUUAGAUUGGAUUUGAUUCAUUGUGACUUCUUACCAUCCAGCUUAUGGGAUAAAUGAUAAAUGUGGCUCCUAUCUACCUUGAUAGAGUGAAGUGGAAUAAAGAUCAAACAAAAAAGGGGGAAAGAAGCGUCACUGAUUACACUGAUUACUAGUAUAGAAUGUGCACACAUCUUGCUGAGCAAGCUUAGAAGGAUGAAUGAUAGAAAUAAUGAGACUUGUAAGCAUCUCUUUGUUGACUCUCUUAUCUGGAUGUAGACUAAGUUGUCUGGUCAGCCAAUUUGGCUGGCCUAAUCCUGAAUUAGGGCCACUUGCAGAAAGAUAACCCAGUGAGAAUUUCCGUACUGGUGGUGGGGGUGAGUGGCAGGGGCUGGAAGGUUUGAGAGGAUGCUAGUGAACAGUUUUGAUCUUAGCACUUUGAUGUGAAUCCUUGGUUCAGGA